GAUUACCUUUUAGUACUAAGUCGCUUUGAUAUGAAUUUUCCGCGGCUCCCUCCCAACAAUUUUGAACACUGACAUAAGCCCUGUUGGGCCCUGUGCACGCUACGCACCACCGAAAUUUGAGCGGCCCAAAUUCACCGCACGCGCCACCUCGCGUGAGUACUCAACACUUCAAGUAUAUGCGCGUUUUGUAUGCAAACGCAUAUUGGAUUUUAAAAUGGUUCUGCAUUUAGAUUUGAAAAUGCCGGGUCACCGUUCCCAAUCGGAGAAGACUGAUGCCGGGAAGCAGCUCCGGCGGGACCCCUACGAGGUUCUCGGAGUCUUGCGGAACUCAACGGAUCAGGAAAUCAAAUCCGCUUACCGGAAAAUGGCUCUCAAGUACCAUCCUGACAAAAAUGCAAAUGAUCCAAAAGCAGCUGAUAUGUUUAAAGAGGUCACUUUUUCCUAUAACAUCUUGUCUGAUCCAGACAAACGGCGUCAGUAUGAUACUGCAGGUUUUGAGGCUGUUGAGUCAGAAGGCCAAGAAUUGGAGCUAGACCUUUCCAAUUUGGGAGCUGUGAACACUAUGUUUGCUGCUCUUUUUAGUAAACUUGGUGUACCAAUCAAGACCACUGUAUCAGCAACAGUCUUGGAGGAUGCCCUGAAUGGCGUGGUGACUGUUCGACCACUUACACUGGGGCAACCAGUGGUUAAGAAGGUAGAAAAGCAAUGUGCUCAUUUCUAUUCUGUUACACUAACAGAGGAGGAAGCACAAACUGGAUUUGUGUGUCGAGUCCAAUCAUCGGACAAAAGCAAGUUCAAGCUAUUGUAUUUUGAUCAAGAGGAAGGUGGUGGACUAAACCUCUCACUACAGGAGGACAGUGCCAGAACAGGAAAGGUUACAUCUGCUGGAAUGUAUUUUCUUGGUUUCCCUGUUUAUCGGUUGGAUCAAACAGUUAACUCGAUGGCAGCUGCAAAGGAUCCAGAUUCUGCUUUCUUCAAAAGAUUGGAUGGGUUCCAACCUUGUGAAAUGACUGAACUAAAGGCUGGUACCCAUGUAUUUGCUGUUUAUGGUGACAAUUUUUUCAAGAGUGUAAGCUACACAAUAGAAGCACUUUGCACAGCUCCUUUUGCAGAAGAGAAGGAAAAUCUUAGAGCUGUGGAAGCCCAAAUACUAACAAAAAGGGUGGAACUCUCAAAAUUUGAAACUGAAUACCGAGAGGUCCUUACACAAUUUACUGAGAUGACCAGUAGAUAUGCACAAGAAAUGCAAGCCAUUGAUGACCUUCUCAAGCAAAGGAAUGAAAUUCAUGCCUCAUACUCCAGUGCUCCACCAAUAAAACGAAGUAGAAGCAAGAACAGGGGCCUUUCGAAAGAUUCGAAAGAUGACGGUCAGGUGAAAGAUAAGAAACCUGCGUUCCGGGAAAGGCCAAAGAAAAAGAAAUGGUACAACAUCCACUUAAAGGUGGAUAAGAGCAAGCCUUGCUGAAUUGGUCUGCAGUGGUUCCACAUUUGUGUAAGCCAAAUAUAUGAAGCAAAUCCUGCACCAGACUGUUGUUCAUCAAAGAUGAAGUGGAGAUGAUGGUUCAGGUGGAACGACUCCAUUACUCUAGCAUGUAAAGGAUUGCAACUCGGUUGUUAUUGUAAAAUUAUUUUCUUUUUCCUUUUUGCUGCCUUCGGUCAUAUGCUCUAGCUAUUUUCCCAGUAUUCUCAGCAUUGUUGCCUGUAAAUUGCAUGAUUUAUUUGUGAAGCUCCUUGCCUUGACUCUUAGGAUGGGUUAUUUUUGGGUUAAAAGCCCAAGAACAAUAUGGGAGCAGGUUGAAUCCACCCCAGUGGUUGGGGAUCCAUGGGCAUCGAGGCAUACUUUCAGCUUCAUGAAACUGUUUGAGGUCAGUUAAUCCACUGUAAUUAAUGAGAAAUCCCAGGCAGUGGCGAAUUUUUUGUUUCUUA